AUGAAAGGUUGUCAAAAAAUCAACGAAAUUUCAAAACAACAACAAAUCCAACAACAAAGCAACAAAAAAAUUAACACCGAACCACCUCCCAAAAUGCGUCAUUUAGUCACUCAAAAAGUAACCCCCCUUCAACAUCACCGUCCUUUCUCAAUGCAAGCAAUAUCUGAAGGAGUUCAAGAGACUAAGAAAGAAGAGGAUAAUUCUAGUAAACUUGAAGGAGUUUAUUUAACUUCUUCUGUUACUUUUAAUCGUCCUCAAAAACUCGAAAUUAGCGAUAAUUUGAAUGCAACGGAUGAGAAAACAGCAGAAUUAACUACCGAAACAAAUAAAGUUGAAGUUUCAAAAACUUCUUUAAACACCAAAAAAGACGAAAAAGAUUAUUCAGUCGCUUCUCCUGUUAAAUUCCGUCCAUUUUCUACACUUCAAAGGCCUGAAAAACCAAAUGAUGAUAAAAUAUCCCAAGCCUGUGUCAAACCCAAAUGUGUUACUGUUGCCCAACCAAAACUGCCAUCACCUGAAAGAGAUAUUCAACAAAUACCGGCAAUUAGGCGUUCAGAUCCUUCAAUGCCCUCUGAAGAUAAUCAAUUAACACCUCAAUCUGAACGCAAUUCUGCUUCUUCAACAAUUCAAAGGCAUUUAAAUAUAUUUUUGGGUGAUAAUGAAAACUCUCCUAGACUUCCCAGAGAAUCUUCUCCCUCUCUUUUAUCAUCAAAAGAACAUCAUCAAGUUCCUGUACCCGAAGAUAAUGGACAACAACAGCAAACACCUCCCGUUAGCAAGGAUUAUCUUAAUGAAUUACACAGACAAUUAAAUGUAUUUAUGCAAGAAGUUAAUCGAAAACCAACAGCUGGAACAGUAGCAUUUCUUAUCAGAGCUAUUGGGCAACAACAGCCAAAAGAAGGGGAAGGUGGCGGUGCUGAUCACUUAAUUCGUAUUAGUGAUUUAUUACAACAAUUUCAUCACACAUGCACAAUUUAUGCAGAAAAUAUUUCUCCACAUUCCAAAUUUAAAUUUAGGUGA